AUGGCCGACACACCUACACCUAAUAGCGACAACGACGAAGAUCUGCCCGGUGCUCGUGCCUCUGCUCUUACAGAGGUGUCUCCUAAGGAUGCAUCCUCAUCGCCACGCGAUUCGGGCGACGACGCACAAAUAGAGGACACUAGGAAUCAAUUCGCUGAACUGUUUGGAACAGACACUAGCGAAGAUGAAGGCGAAGCCGCAGACAGACAAGAACAAAAUAACCUGGAAGAUUUACCAGACUCUGGCACUUUUGAGCCUGGUGAUCCAUCAAGUGUGCGGGAAUAUGGCGAGGAGGAAACAUAUGAUACGGUGGCAUUCGAUCAAAGGAAACUCUCGCUUGGUCUUGAUAAUAAAUAUUACGUGAUGAAGGUCCCAAACUUUCUCUCUGUCAAUACAAAACCUUUUGUACCUAACGAGUAUGAUGAUAAGGAAGAGAUGGAGAGUAAAGACGGGAUAAAACUAGCAGGAGAGAACACAAUAAGAUGGCGCGAAAUACGCAACAGCUCCACUGACGAAAUUAAAAAACAGACAAAUACCAAAAUUGUACGCUGGUCAGAUGGAUCAAUGUCUCUAUUGGUUGGUGAAGAGCUGUUUGACAUGUCAAUUACAAGUUUGCAUUCUCAAUUCCAAUACCUCUCCACCAAUUAUCCCAACGAAAGUAUAAUGGAGAUGCAAGGCCGAUUAACCGAUCAGGUGACAGUAAAGCCUUUUGGCACAACUGGAUCAACGCAUCGUAAGAUUGCCGCUGUAAUUGCGUCGAGACAUGUAAAACAAAUAAAAACAAGAAUGGUAGCAACCGACAGAGAUCCAGAGUUACGGAAACUCGAACUGGCCAAGGCCGAGAAAGAGCAAAUCCGCGCUCAACGACGAGCCGACUAUCGUCGUUCACGAAAGGCAUACGAAUCUCGUCGUGCCAGGGAGGAUGAUUAUUUAGAAGAAGAUAUUCGUCCAAUAUAUCGUAGUCGAAAUGAUUCGUACGAGGAUGGGGGUGAUUUCGUUGUUGAUGAUGAUGUAGAUAUGGAAAGGGUGGCUGAUAAUGGUGCAGAAGAAGAGGGACAGGAUGAUGAGGAUGAAGACGAGGACGAUGUAGUUGUUAUUAAAAGACCGAAGAAGAGGGCAAGGAUUUUUGCUGGUGACGAAAAGUAA